UAUUUCCCGGCGAGCUGCAUUCAUAUUCGUUAGUUCCUCUAACCGAGACCGAGACUUUUCUAGCUCUCUUGUAACAUUACCAAACGUUUUGUUACUCCAUGCAUGUAGGUCUGCCAUGACCGAAGAAAGAGCCUUGCCCCAUCAUCGCCCCCACCGACCUCUAGGUUCCCCUCGGACUCGCCCGGCUUAUGGCCCUCAGCCUGCGCUAGCAACGCCAACACGGACACCGGUUCCUUCCACGGCGGCGACUUGGUGAUUAGGGAAAGACGAUCUGGUGGCUUACAAGGCUUCUGGUGCCUUGCCGGAUCCCUCCUCUCUGGAUCUAUAUACUCUGAGUUCCCAUCUUGCUUGGCGUAGGUGUGAGGGAUUCCCACUGGUUUUGAAGCUUUGCUUCGUGUACCUCCAGAACUCCUCCUAGGGCACGACAGGGUAGAUAGAACAGCGGGCCUGCUCCGACCUUGGAGGCCGUGCGAGGCAAGGGCGGACAGAGCCGCAGCAGGACCACCAUGUGGCCGAGGCCGGCAUGUGGCAAGCGAGCCACCCGCCCCCGGAGUUAGGUCCGACGGCGGCGGCAGCAAGGCGAUCGCCAUCUGAUCGCCACAGCCAGGAAGCCCUAGCGAAGCGUUUUUACAAUGUCUGGCUCACUAUAGUCUCGUAUUGUUAUUGUUGGAGUCGAAUCCGAUCAGGUUUGCCUCAAAAAAGAAAAAAAUCCGAUCAGGUUGGGGCAAAUAGAUUCCUGAUAAAUAGAGGGCUUGAGAGUCAGAGGACGCAGAGGCAGAGGCAGAGCGGAAAAGAGAGGAUUUUUGGUCUGGGCCCAUGGAUCUUCGUCGCCGGCAAAUCCAAGGCAGCCAUGCAUCAAUUGGUUCAUUUGCUGAAGAAAAGCGCUCACAAGUGGAUGCUUCUCAAAUUGGCAAAAAGUUAAGAUAUUCAGGCUCACACCUUCCGGAGGAUAUCUGGCGUCAUAUAUGCUACUUUCUGCCACUGAAAGAUGCUCCGCGUGCUGCUUGUGUUUCUCGCGCGUUUCGAAGUUCGUGGAGGUGCCAUCCUAACCUCAGCUUCAGUAAGGAAACACUGGGCUACGGUCCUCCUGCAUGGUCCAGAAAAAGAGAAGUGAUGGACUACAUGGAAAAUGCACGUACACAGAGAAAAAUAGCAGGAGAUUACAACAGCAGAGUUGACCACAUUCUGAGAAACCACUCAAGCACCGGUGUGAAGACACUCAGCCUUGGAUUCUAUGGUCCUUACAAUGCCAACACCAGCUACUGUCUCGAUGGUUGGCUCCAGAUUGCUGUUACACCAGGCAUAGAAGAACUCAGCCUCAUACUGCAUUCAAAAAGUGAUCAUUUAUCAAAAAAGGCAAUCUACAACUUUCCAUGCCCACUUUUAUCUAAUGGCAGUGGAAACUCCAUUCGUGAGCUAGACCUUGUCGGUUGCGCCUUCCGCCCCACAGCAGGAUUCGGUUGCAUGAGAAGCCUGACGAGUCUAUAUCUGUGUUGCGUGAACAUCGAGAGUGAUGAGUUGGGGUUCCUUCUUUCCAGUUCUUUUGCUUUGGAGCGAUUGGAACUCACCAGUUGCGGUGAGAUAAUUUCCAUAAAGAUACCUGCCCUGCUGCAGGGCCUCAGCUAUCUGAAGGUGUCCCAGUGUUCCAUGCUGCAGGUGAUUGAAAGCAAAGCCCCAAAUAUCUCCAGUUUUCACUUUGACGGUGAACAAGUACAGCUAUUUCUUGGAGAAUCACUACAGAUGAAGACAAUUUUCAUAUCACAUUCCUGUGUUCUUCAUUAUGCUCGUGCCAUGCUCCCGUCAAGUACGCCAAAUCUUGAAACUCUUAACAUAGUUUCGACUGGUGAGAUGGUCAGUACACCAAUGCUACCAAGCAAAUUCCUCCACCUCAAAUAUUUGACAAUAACUGGAUGGACCUUCCCUACUACCUAUGAUAUUUUCUCGUUGGUUUCGUUUCUUGACGCGUCUCCUUGCCUGGAGACUUUCAGCCUAAACGCAUCAAUGAGACGCCAGAAGCAUGACUCCAUCUUUGAAGAUCCCUCACAUUUGGAGCGGACUCCGGGACACUGCUACGACAAUCUGAGGCAUGUGAAGAUCACUAGUUUCUGCUCCUCCAAGCUUCUGGUUAAGCUCACAUGUCAUAUUCUUGAGAAUACACCAUCGCUCGAGUGCCUCAUACUCGACAUAACUCAUGGUGGGUUGAAGUGUUCUGACAAAAGAUUUAGCAAAUGCUCAGUUGUAAGGAAGGCCACUCUUGUGGAAGCCCCUAAAGCACUCGAGGCUAUCCGUGCUUACAUCGCAGGAAAGGUUCCCUCCACGGCUAAGUUAAUUGUCUUGGAGCCUUGCAACCAAUGUAAUACCGUUGGCAUUUAGGACGUAUUUGAUUCUUAAGUUUGUAAAACAGAAUCUCUACUCCUAAUGUCUCAGUUGGUAGGUCGCGUUCCGGGUUUUAUUUUCGUCCCACCUCACCCGGUCUUUUUUGGUAUUUCUUUGGUACUUACUCCCACCUCCCACCCGUUUUAUUUCGCUGGUUUUUUUCGUCCCUCCCCCACCCCACCGGUUUAGUUUC